AUGGCUCUCACCGCAGCACAAGUAGCAAUUGUGAAGUCAACUGCUCCCAUCCUGAAGGAGCAUGGCAAGACUAUCACCACCACUUUCUACCGCAACAUGCUCGGCGCUCACCCUGAGCUCAAGAACUACUUCUCUCUACGAAACCAGCAGACCGGAGCUCAACAAGCCGCUCUCGCCAACUCUCUCUCCCACGCCGUUGAGCGCAUUGCUCACAAGCACGUUUCUCUUUUCAUCAAGCCAGAACACUACCCCAUCGUUGGCACACAUCUCAUCGGUGCCAUUGGCGAGGUUCUCGGUUCUGCUUUGACAACUGAGAUCAAGGACGCUUGGGUUGCUGCUUAUGGCCAGCUCGCUGAUAUCUUCAUCCAGCGCGAGGGUCAGAUGUACGAGGCUGCAGGCGAAUGGAACUCGUGGCGCAAGUUCAAGAUUGUCAAGAAGGAGGCUGAGAACGACUCUGUUACUAGCUUCUACCUUGAGCCUACUGAUGGCAAGUCUUUGCCCAAGUUCCUCCCCGGACAAUACGUCAGCGUGCAGAUUCCCAUCCCUGAGCUUGAUGGUCUUCUCCAGAGCCGUCAGUUCAGUCUGAGCGAGGCUCCUGGCACCGGCCACUACCGCAUCAGUGUCAAGCUUCAGGGUCCUACUGAGGAGCCUGCUGUUGAGGAUCUCGCUGCUGGCAAGAUUGCUGGUCUUCUCUCCACAAGACUUCACAACCGUUACAACGUCGGUGACGAGCUUGAACUGAGCCCUCCUGCUGGAGAGUUCUCCCUCGACCCUACCGACACUUCUGCUGCCAAGAAGCCUCUUGUUCUCCUCUCCGCUGGUGUUGGCGCCACUCCUCUCGUCUCCAUCCUCGACUCAGUUCUCCAGUCCCCGACCGCCUCACGACCCAUCACCUGGAUCCACGGUGCUCGCUACUCUGGCUCUACCUGCUUCGUUCCCCAUGUUCUCGACUCUGCCAAGAAGCACGAGAACAUCACCGCCAAGAUAUUCCUCGAGGACGUCAAGGAGGGUGACCAGUACGACUUCAAGGGCGAGAUCGACCUUGCCAAGCUCCAGAAGGAACAGCUUCUCCAGCUCGACAACGCUGAUGCUGAAUACUACAUCUGCGGACCUGAGGACUGGAUGGUCAAUGUCAGGGCAUUCCUCGAGGAGAACGGUGUUCCCCGUGAGCGCCAGCACCUCGAGCUCUUCAAGACUGGUGAUAUUUAA